AAAUAAAAACGGAGGGAGUAUAAGAGGCACAGGUGACACGAACAAAUUACUGACCAGAAGUAAUUCCUGUGUGAUGCACGGUGGAUUCGCGAUGGGCUGGGUGAAAAGAAGCUUCUUCAUCAUGCUAGUAUAAAUAAAUUACUUUACGUCUUACAUUAUGGGACGGAUGGCUUAUCUCAUAUAUUCUUGAUUCAGAGAAGAAGAAGAAAAUGCAUUCAAGUUGAAAAAACCGACACUGGUGACUGUCACGGUACUCCCUCGGUUCACUUUUGUACUUCCUUACCCUGGAAGGAUUUUUGCACCAGAAACUGUAAUAUGGAAAACGAACUACCAGGCAGUACUACUGGUGAGAAAAGAGAGAAGAGGAAACUGCCGUACAAAUUGAUAAAACAGAUUACAAAGGAUUUCCAUGAGGAGCGGAUACAUUUGGAACAGUUUACAAGGGUGUUUUUGAAAAUGGAGAAGAGAUGGCUGUCAAGGUACUUCAUAACAGAAUAUCAGGAUUUGAUGGAGAAGAAUUUCAGAAAGAGUUCCAAAACCUUAGGGAGCUCAAGCAUCAGAAUAUUGUGGAACUGGUGGGCUUCUGCGAUGAAUCAGAGGAAUUACUUGUAGAGUGCGAGGGGAAACAAGUGGUUGCUCUUGAGAAGCAUGCGGCUCUUUGCUUUGAGUAUGUACACAACGGUAGCCUUCGUGGUUAUAUUUCGGAUGAAUGCACGGGAUUUGAUUGGCACACACGUUAUAAAAUAAUAAAGGGGAUAUGCGAAGGCUUAAGAUAUCUUCGAGGGGGAUUAGACUUUUCUGUAUGGCAUUUGGACCUGAAGCCUGAUAACAUAUUGCUAACUAAUGAUAUGAUACCAAAAAUUGCGGACUUUGGUUUGUCAAGGCUCCCUGGGGAGGAGAAAACAAGAAAGACCAUCAAUACUUUUGGAACAUUGGGAUAUUGCCCACCAGAAUACAUAAGACAUCAAGUAAUCUCUGAAUACUUUAACAUAUUUAGUUUAGGUGUUAUACUCAUAAAGAUAAUGAUCGGACCUGAAGGCUACAAAAUUAUUGCUGACAUGUCAACCCAGAAAUUUGCUAAGCAUGUAAGAAAUUGUUGUUUCUAUAUCUUAGUUAGGACAUGCCAUAUUGUUGGAACAACAGUAUGCAAUAUAUUUUUGAAUAUUUCAGUUCUGUAUGGUUCUAACUUUAUUAUCGAUGUUGGAGGUACAUGAAAUUUGGAGGAAAAAGCUAAAGGAAAUAUCAAGGCCCCGAUCACUUGAAUUAUAUUGUAACCAAGUGAAGAAGUGCAUUGAAAUAGCAUUAGAAUGCUUGAAGCAGAAUAGACAAGAAAGGCCUGAUAUAAAGUAUAUUAUUUCUAGUUUGAACAGGAUAGAAUCAAUGAUAGGUGACCGAGGGCUGCAGGUAAGGAAUUUUUUGGAGCAACCGGCAGGAGGUUUGCCAUUUCAUAUAGAAGAAGAGGAUUGGCCAGUUUAUAAGGGAAACCGACCGAAAAUCGAUACAUACUCAAACACGCCAGCCCCGAAGUUGCGUUCCAAGCGAACAGACGACUUUGUCACCCAAGCAACCAAAGAUGACACCCUACCACACGACCCGGAGCCACCGCUCUGGCUUACAAAGCUGCAGAUAUUCAAAAAAAAGUAAGCAGUAAAAGGAAAGGUUAGUCUGGCACACUAACCAGUAACCUUGCAAUGUCGGUUCUUCACGUGGUUAGCUCUGCGGAAUAGAUGUUGGACACCAGAAAGGCUGGCAUGGAGAGGAUUGCCGCACCAGGAUUCAUGCCCGUUCUGUACUCAAUACGAAGAGACCAUAAACCACAUCCUACUCGAUUGUCUUUGCAAGAGAAGUUUGGACUCGUGUCUGCCUAGCUUUGGAUAGGCGCGAGUGGACGCCAACGAUGGAUUUAAUGCUAGAAACAUGGUUCAUCAACAAGCUUGGGACCGGCCACUGCAAGGACAUGCGUGUAAUUGAAUCGACUACCCUUUUUGGGGUCUUGUUGAGGUGGGUGUGCGAGAGGAGUUAGAUGCAGAUGCACUGCAGUAGUGGGUGGCAUUGCGUUGCAUGUAUAUGUAACAUUUCGAUGUGGAUGGGUUCUUCCUCCUCUCUUCUUUGAUAUAUGAUAUGUACAUUCGUGCGUAU